AUCCUCAUCUGAGUAGUUGCACUGAAUAAAUCCGCCAAAUAAUCAUCGCAUUUUAUGCGUAUUUUCAACCGCAAUAGCAUAGGGCAUAGGCAUUGGCUGUGGUAAUACUCCGACCAGAUAUUAAGCAGCCGGAAAGGUAUCCGAGCGAUGACCAGAACGUAAGAGCGGCGGAUUCGCGAACCGGCCAUCCAUUUUCCACAUACUUGUUGUUUUUGCUGGGCGCUGCACUCGGUACUCGACAAAAUAUAUUUGCUUUUGCGGAUGUUUUUCGGCCGAAAGCAGCGUAUCAAAUCGCCGCGUCGACGAUUGCCAACAGCUCCAUUAGCUUACGCAAGCAGAACACCCUUGGAGGUGUUUUCGAUGACUGGCCACUGAGACCGGGGCGCAGAAGAUUGGUCUUUAAGACAGUUAGAAGAGUCACCCGGCAAACAUGCUGCUCCUCCUGUUGGUUUUCCUGACGGCCACAGCCACCUCGGCCGGGGAUUCCCUCCAACGCAUCCGUCGAGCCGUCAUUGACGUGGACAACGCAAAGGCGGUGCACAGCAUCAUUGACCUGGCCGAGUGCCAGGACCUCAAAAAGCUCUGCACGCACCACAAGUCCACUGACAACCUGUCCAUGCUGGAGUGCGCCCUGACGUUCAGCUCCAGCCAGUUGGAGGAGCUCCCGGAGGGCUGCCAACAUGCCCUCUGGCUGCAGCAGCGCCAGUUACAGCUGCCCGCCUGGAUGGAGAGCAGCUUCCUGCCCUCCUACUGUCCCGCCGAGAAGUCCAAGCUGGAGAGCUGUUUGAACGCCGUGCACCUGUGGAGCUGCCUGGAGCAGCAGCGGCUGAAGCUGCCGCAGAGCAACGCUUGCCACCAGCACCUGAGAAGGGCCUACGAAUCCUUGGGUCAGGACUACAGCGCCGUAGAUGAGUUCUACACCGCCUGCGGCGCUGUUGUGGAGGAGCACAAAUGCGGCCGGCUAAACAUUGACCAUCUGCCCUCCGUGCUGUCGCAGUUGGGCACAGUGCAAUGCCUCCAGUCGAGUGACGUGAAGUCUACCCUUGAACCCAUCUGCCAGGCUGCCAUCAACUCCAUUGAGCUGCAGCGCGGAAUGCUAGAGCUCUUUCGGGUCUGCCAAGAGGAUUUAACGUCCUUGUGUUCGCAGGAAAAGUCUGGCACUGCCGGAGGGUUUAAGUGCCUGGUGCGGCACAAGAACCAUCCUUCGAUGUCGCCCCAGUGCGCCUCGCAAAUUACUCUGAGGGAUCAGCAGAUGGGCCGCGACUAUCGCGUGUCCCACGGUCUGGCCAAAGCCUGCAAGGACGACAUUAAACUGUUCCACUGCCGACGUGGCGUCUCCGAAGACAAACAUGUCCGGUUGGCCCAGAUCCUGCUCUGCCUGGAGUCAGUGUCUAAGAACGGGACCAAACUGGCGCCCGCUUGUCUAACCGAGUUGACUGAUCACCGACGCAUGCUGAUGACGGACUAUCAGCUGUCACCGGAGCUUCUUAACGACUGUGCGGAUGAUAUACCCAAAUUCUGUCCGGAUGAACACAAGGCGCAGCUGGUGAAUGGCAUGACAAGUACUGGUGGCGAGAUCAUCCACUGCCUGCUGGAGCAUGUGAAAGCCAGGCGCCAACAGCGACGAGUAACGGCACAGUGCCAGCGGGGAUUGGAGACCCUUAUUAAGGCCAGUGAUGCAGGCGAGGAUUGGCGCGUAGAUCCGGUACUGCGACGGGCCUGCAAGCCAGUGGUGGACGUGGCCUGCAAGGAUGUGCAGGGAGGCGACGCCCGAGUCAUGAGCUGUCUGGUGGAGCAUAUUGGCACCCCCGUAAUGCUUCCUGAAUGCGAGCAGGCGCUUCUCAUUAUAGAAUACUUCGUGGCCCGAGACUUCAAGUUGGAUCCACAGCUGUACAAACACUGUCGCGAUGACGCAGUUAAGUACUGCCGAGCGAAGAAGCAGUGGGAUGAUGCGCAGAACAUACAAAUGGAUCCUGAACGGGGACCCAUGAUCCUGCCCUGCCUGCAUCGCAUGGCCUUCAGCGAGGACGAGCAUCAGACUUUGAGGAAGGAUUGCUUCAAAGAGGUUAAGCGUGUGAUGAGACAGCGCGCAAUAUCCAUGGACUUGAUUCCCGAGGUGGAAGAUUACUGCCUCAACGAUCUCUCGGCAUUCUGCUCUGACUGCACUGAAAAGGGCAGUGAAAUGGAGUGUCUGCAAAAGAACAUGGAUCAACUGCAGUCGGAGUGCAAAUCUGUGGUGGUGAAGUACACGGAGGAAGAGGCCGCUCACGUAGAACUGAAUCCCGUCAUUAUGAACGUAUGUGGAGAGGCCAUGCAGCAGCACUGCUCAGCCAUACUUAAGAGCGGAAAGGAUAAUGGCGAUAUGAUGGACUGUCUUAUAGCGCACAAAAACGACGCUGAUCUACGAAAGGAUCUCCGCUGUCGGGCCGCCAUCGAGCACUUCCAGAUCAUCUCGCUUAAGAGCUUUCACUUUACCACCAAGUUCAAGGAAGCGUGCAGACCGUACGUCCAGCGCUUCUGCACCUCUAGCGCCACCAAAAACGAGGUGGUGGCUUGCCUCAGCGAGGUUAUGCGCAACGACACGAUCAAGGCGCAACGUCAUCAGAUCCCCAAGGAGUGCCGUCAUCAGGUGAAGGCCCAACUGUACCAGCAGCGCGAGAGCAUUCAGCUGGACCCCAAGCUAGCCAACGCCUGUAAGCGUGAGCUGGAGCUGUUUUGCGAGGAGGAAAAGGGUCCCGGUCAGGUGAAUGAAAAAGCCUUGGAGUGCCUUAUAAGGAAGACGCCCAGUUUGGGCAAGCCCUGUCAUCAUGCGAUCUUCAUGGUAAAGAAGUCAGAGUUGGGCGACAGCGGGACUGACUACACCCUUCUCACGACGUGCAAGGAGAUGAUCUACAAGUUCUGCCCCAGCACUGAUUCAGGCAAACUUCUGGACUGCCUCAAGACGUACAAGGAUGACACGCAGUUCGAUCAGCGGUGUCACUUGGUGGUGGUUAAUCGCAUGAUCGAGCAGAAUACGGACUUCCGGUUCAAUCCAUCGCUGCAAAGCGCAUGCGGAAAAAACAUAGACCGGUAUUGCUCCAAUAUUGUGGCCAGUGCUCUGCCUAAUGAGGAACUAAAUGGAAAGGUCAUUCACUGUCUAAAAGACAAGUUCCGUCAGUCUGCGCUGGACGAACAAUGUGCGCAGGAGAUGAUCAAGAUCUUGCAAGAGCAGGCCCUCAACUACAAGUUAAAUCCCCUGCUGCAAGUGUUCUGCAAGUCGGAGAUCCAGGAGCUGUGCAAGGCAAACGUUGAUUCCGACGAGCACGGCCAGUUGGAGGAGUGCUUAAAGACGGCCUUCCUCCAAAAGCAGAUAAUCAACCGACAGUGUCAGAUGGAAGUGGCCACUCUGAUCGCCGAAGCCAAGGCAGACAUUCACGUGGAUCCCAUUCUGGAAACGGCCUGUACCGUAGAUCUGCUGCGAUACUGUUCUAAGGUGUCGGCUGGCAAUGGACGCAAACUGAGUUGCCUCAGAACACUGCUGAAGGAUACGCCAAACUCUCUGGAAGCGGACUGUCGCGAAAAGCUGCAACGGCGCAUCGAGAUGUUCCGGAAUGCGGACGACACGCUAGCGCUGCCCCCCGAGGAUAUGCAGCAGCUCGUGCAACAGGUGGUCGCCUCGCCUGCGCGCAAAUUCUUCCUUGUGAUAUUAAUGAGCGUCACGGGCCUGGUCUUCCUUAUCGGCAUCUUCCUGGGAAGGGCCACCAAACGUGCAAUGGGCUUGAAGAAUAAAUAAUUCAAAUAGUAGACUGUAGUGAUGCUGUGUAGGCGGAGUGUGCAUGUUCGUGAGCUUGUUGUUUUCCAUUUCGGCUGACCCAUGACCAGAAUCCGAUCCUUUCUUUCUCUCACCCUCCACCCUGCCUGCCUUUUAGAUAUUUGUGUAAGCAAUUUGUGGCUUAAUCGUUUGUAAGACCUUAAAUCAAGCGAAAAAGGAAACAAUAAAAUAUUCUAGUUCCAUUCUUAGGGCCUUCUUUGUUAUACCUUUUUUGUAACAAUUUCACCUGUAUAUUAAAUUGUAUUUUUGUAAACAAAA